AUGUCCUGUCCCAUGAUGGAAGAAAACUUCAUAUAGUAUAGUCCUAGUUUCCUAUUCUUCCGCAAGGUAUCACUCUCUCGAUACAGUGUUCUUCAUAAUUUGGUUCAUUCAACCAUAGAGUUCUGAAAAUUCUAUGGAACGUCCAUUCAAAUUUUCAAAAUACCAUUUUGUUAAUUCUCGACAUUUUGAAAAAAACGAGGCGAUCUUCUUAAAAACUGAAACAUGCUAUCUUUAAUUGAAUGUAAUUGGCUCGGAAACGAGAUUUGCGAAGAAGUAAAUUCGAUUAAAUCAGCGGAAAUUGAAAUAAUUGAUAAUGUUAAGGAUGAAAACCAAAGUUUAGAUACUACCAUCAAAUUUGAAACUAUUCGGGAAUCGUCCGAUUUUGCCAAUUCAGAAAAGGAAAACCAAGGACUUAAAGAAGAACAAGAUGGGCAUGAUAUCGAAUAUGAAUAUGUAGAUGAAACAGAUUCUACCCAGGAUGAUUCACGAAAAAAACUCGAAUUUAAAUAUGUCUCCAAUGGUGAGAUAGCUAUAAAACACGUAAGAUCGCACAAAGGUAAAUGUGGCUUAUGCGAUGGUAGCAAGAUUGUCAAAGCUUUUACUUGCGAAUUAUGCGACUAUGUCACUGUACGUAAAAGAGACCUCAAACGUCACAUGGAUGUAGUACACUACUUCAAAUCCACCAAAUACACCACCCAUAACUGCUCUUUCUGCGAUUUCAAAUCGACCAAAACCGUACUCGAACAACACGUCAAGAAGAUGCAUCCCAAAGAGAAAAGCAAUACCUGUAACCUAUGUAACUACCUCACCGGUCAAGAAAAUCUAAUGAAACUACAUCAAGCAGAGGCACAUUCAAACUACAAAUGUGACCUCUGCGAUCAUGUCACGGAUACCGAGAGCCACUUAAGGUACCACGUCAACUACCACCACUUAAAACUGAUGCUGUUCAUAUGCGAUACCUGUUGUUACUCGACACCCAAAAAGAAAUCCCUGAAAUUACACAUACAAGACGUCCAUCUGAAAGCGAAAAACCACCACUGUUCGUUCUGCGACUACAGCUGCACCAAAAACAAGUAUUUACGAUGUCACAUCGAGAACGUCCACAAAAAAUCAAACAGUUACGUAUGCCACAUAUGUGGCUCGACACUGAGCAGAAAAAACAACUUGAAUUUCCAUAUUAAGAGUAUACACUCGGAGUGUGCGGAAAAAACAUAUAGAUGCGAGGAAUGCGAAUACAGCACUUGGAAAAAGUCGGACCUGAAGAGACACGUAAAACUGAGACAUUUGAAGAUUAAACAUAAGUGAAUUGUUGGAUUUUUUUAAGUUGGUUCAAUAAAAUUGUUUGUUAGAGUUCGAAUAUAAUAUUUAUGUAAAAUAAUGUAUCAAAAUGGAUUGUCGACUGUUGUUUCGAGAUAAUCACGAUUAAAAGAUUGAUUUAUAUAGAUGUAUUAUGUGAAAAGUUAAUUAAAGAACACAGGAGUAAUAAAUUA